GCCAUCUGUCUUGAUUAAAAUAUUUUCUAAAUGGAAAAGGAGAUUCCACCUAGGAUAACAAGUGCACAUCGAUAUACAAUUAGUGACGAAUUUUAGUUUAAACAUUUGUAAUGUUUCACGAAAUAUAAUUUGUAUAUUAAUACAUAAAAAUUAAAAACGUAUGAGAAUUUAAAUAAUAUCGUUAUUACCACUUAGGAGAUUUGUGCAUUGUAAUUGCAGAUUCUGUGUUUGUCUAACAAACAUUGAGAAUUAUAGUUAAGUUUAAAAUUUACACAAUGGCUGGAUUUACAUUGUCAAAAGUAAAAUUACAGACUGAUGUAUACAUGGUAUGCUUGCAGCAUGCCUUGUCGACAGAAAAAUUUGAAGUAAUGGGUCUACUAAUUGGGGAUACAAUAUGUAAUGUUGCAAACAUCGUAUCAGUCAUUAUUUUGAGACGUUUGGACAAAAAGAAAGACAGAGUAGAAAUUUCAGUUGAACAACUGUUAAAAGCUGUCAGUGAAGCAGACCGUUUGAGUGAAGAAUUACAACGUCCUGUGCACGUUCUUGGAUGGUAUCAUUCUCAUCCUCAUAUCACAGUUUAUCCAUCACAUCUUGAUAUUAGAACCCAAACAAAUUAUCAAACAAUGGAUGAUGGUUUUGUGGGUUUAAUAUUUUCAGUAUUUUCAGAAAGUAAAGAAUCUAAGGAGCAAGAGAUUUCUUUAAUUUGUUUUCAAUCUCACAAUGACAAAGUAGUAGAAAUUCCAUUAGAAAUUGUUCAUACACCAAUAAUAUCAAAUAUAUGUUUAAAAACAAUGACAGAUUUGUUAAAACUUUUGGUACAAGAAGAAGAAGAAACAGCAGAAACAUUCGAAGAUUGCCAGGAUAUUCUUGCCAGCAUACACAAUAAUGCUGUGAGAACUCGAACAUUAGUUCAUAUAACAGAUAUAAUUACUAAGCCUUUGGUACUGAUGUUUAAGAAAAGAAUAGCUUUAAAUAAAUUACGCGCUGCAUAUCUUCAAAGACAACUACAAGAAUUACAAGAAGUGUAUAAUUGAUCAAAAUUUUUGUUGUGAUUCUCCAUUUUUUGUGUUUUAAUGUAUUAUAUAAGUAUAUUAAUUUCAGUAUUUUUUAAUUCUAUGACAAUAAAUCUUCGUUUAAUAUUCGCACUAUUUAUUGUUAUGAAAGAUAAAAUUAUGUUCUGUAUACAAACUGUAGCAUCAUGUAAGAAAUAAAACAUCAUUAACUUUU